CUCGGCGGUAUAGGACUGGCAGUUAAUUUUAGCAGCGCCUGUCAGGAACUACAAAUGAUUAUUUCUGCUCUUUCACUUCGUAUGAUUUGUGUGAUAACGCGUAGGACACACGGAGAGGACUUUGUCCCACAAUUGGAGACUGGAUACCGCUCGUUUUCACACAGAGGUGGUUUAUGUAGCAGUGUCUUGUGUAAAUCUUCACCAAAUGACGAACCUCUUAAGCUACACCGCCACCUUAUUUAUCUAGUAAUUGGUGUUAAUAGAAAUGGAAGAGGAAAAUCUGUCAACUGCAGAGAAAUGGCCACGGAUGACAAAGUUCAUGCUGUCUGCCUGCGCGGCCGCUCUUGCCGAAAUAGGUAUGGAAUUAAGCAGAGAGGGGGUGCAGGACACACGGGGGACUUUGUCGAUAGUCUCGUGCAGUUACGGUAGUUAGUGGCGUGCAAAGGAGGACAUUUGAAAAGAAACGCCGCAUGUCUAGCGUGGUGUCAAAGCGCAUCCGGACCUUCCGGAGUUUGGACUUUCAAAGCUAUGUAUGAGUGAUUUACAGUUACCUUUCCACUGGAUCUGACAAAAACCCGACUCCAGAUUCAAGGUGAACUCGCUCAUCAGCUUCAUGGUGAAAGGAAGAACGUGCCAUACAAAGGGAUGGUCCGCACAGCAAUUGGAAUUGUUACUGAAGAAGGGCCGCUUAAGCUGUGGCAAGGAGUCACUCCUGCCAUCUACAGACACAUAGUGUAUUCAGGUGUGCGGAUGCUUGCUUAUGAACAGCUGCGAGACUCGGUGUUGGGAAGAAAUGAAGAUGGCAGUUUUCCACUGUGGAAAGCAUCUGUUGGUGCUAUGCUAUCCGGUGCCAUUGGACAGUUUUUUGCUAGCCCAACAGACCUUGUAAAAGUCCAAAUGCAGAUGGAAGGGAAAAGAAGAUUAGAAGGAAAGCCACCAAGAGUCCAAGGACCUUUCCAUGCCUUUAUGAAAAUACUUUCAGAAGGAGGUGUGCGUGGUCUCUGGGCAGGAUGGGUUCCCAAUGUGCAGAGGGCCGCUUUGGUCAACUUAGGAGAUUUAACUACAUAUGAUACAGUAAAACACUUUUUACUGCGAAAUACACCCCUGCCAGACAAUAGCAUAUGCCAUGGUUUAGCAAGCAUUUGCUCAGGACUUGUUGCUGCCAUAGUAGGAACUCCUGCUGAUGUAGUUAAAACCAGAAUCAUGAAUCAGCCAACAGAUGCAAAAGGAAGGGGCUUACUCUACAAAUCCUCUGUUGACUGUCUAAUACAAGCAAUACGCAAUGAAGGCUUUGGAUCUUUAUAUAAAGGGUUUAUACCAACAUGGAUGAGAAUGGCACCCUGGUCCUUGACAUUUUGGCUGAGUUUUGAACAGAUUCGAAGAAUGUUAGGCGUUAGCUCAUUCUAAUGCCUGCAAUGGUAACUUGAAAAUGAAAAAUGUGUUUACUAAAGCUGCUUCUAGUCCACCUCACAUCAACAGAGAAAUUAUUAUAUAUUUAUGUAAUGCUGGUUUAACACUCAUUACCCACAUUUUUGCUUAUUUUUAUGUUCCUCUUUAUAAAACACAUCUAUUCAUUAUACCUUAAGACCUGAUUAUUGUUGAAUUGUGCCUGUCUGCUCACAUGUUUGAACAUUAGUUCUCAAAAAAUUAGAACGGACUGCAUAGGCUUUAGUGAGACUUUCAAAAUCUCCCAGAAAAACGAGCCGCACAUGCCGAGUUAUUGUCAGCGUCUUUGAUUGGCACCCAUUUAGCUCAGCACGGGCUGUGGCCGCUCCUGACCUUUUAUCAGGUGGGCGCCUGAACUCCGUGUCACCACUCCCUCCCUCUUCUGACCACUUUUGAUCUGAUCUUCUCAAUUUCUAAACUCCAGGUGGGACCCCAUUUAAGAGUCUCAAAAGAGCAGCACCUGCCUCACAUUGGUGUCUGCAACAAAUGCACUCCACACCUCGGUUACUUUUGUGUUCCACUCAUGUGCUCAUUUCUGGAAUAGAGAGGUGAACGAUAUCGCUCUGUAGUCUGUCGGUUAUGUAAGUGCAUUAUCUAGCUAGCUACAAUGAAUGUUCACAUGUUGCAUAUAAUAAAAAACAGUAGAAAAAUGAACACUUUAUUAUAAGAUUUAAAAAUAUAUUUUAAUAACAUUAUAUUUAACUAGCUAACAUAGCUGAAAUAUCCGGCAUUGCCCGGGAGGAAAAUAAAGUUUGUUUUUUUUAAUUGUUUGAGAAAAAUAUAAUUAAAAAAAAAAAACACAACUUUAAAAAUAAAAAUAAAUUAACAAACAAAGAGACUCACUAAUGUGCUUGUCUUGUGGUGGUCCUAUGUGUAUGUUAUCAUCCAGUUGACGCUCGGAACCGGCCAGCUGUAUUUAAUUUCAAUGUGGUGCUCAAACAUAAAGAAUGCUGGCAGUCACCUCCAGUUCGCCCUCUGGUGGUCGUUCUGAGUGUCAACUGGAUGAUAACGUGCAUACAAGACUGCAAGAUCACCCCCCACCCUACCCAGAAGGUUACGGGGUUAGGGUUGAUUUCACCCUACAGUAUUUUUAGUUGACCAAUGAAAAACGUGUACCAAGUUUCAUGAAAAUCACUCCAGCUGUUCGGAAGUGAUGCUGGAACAUACAUACAUAUACACACACACACACACACAUAUGUUAACUUUUACAUAUAUAUACAGAUUUACUUUUAUUACUGGAGAUCUCCAAAUGCCCUAUUUUUUCAGGAUAUUUGUGCUGUUGGGAAUCAGAUGCGUACCUUCAGGGAAAAAAAUGGUCACCUUCAGAAACAAACGUAAAUCAAAACAUUGUGAAACAAGUUCUUAUAAUGGCUUAUUAGGAAGUAGUUCUGAUAGUAUCUAACAUAUCCUUCACAAACACGCUUAGUGUACUUAAGGUUUGCAGCGGCAGAGCCGUACAUUACUGCAGUCGGCUUUGUGUUAGGUCAGUUUACCUGACGUGCUCAUAUUUGGGUUGAAAACUUACCCAUCAUGCAUACCUGGGAAGAGCAAACCUCACAAAGACAAUGACCAAGUGCAGGGCCCAGUGUGCUGAAUCAAUGAAACAGUUGUACUAGUCACUGUUCCACUGUCCUGACCUCAAAAUGUUUCUAAAAUAAUAAAAUAACUUUAAUAAAGAGGUGCUUGCAAGAAGUAUUCAUUAAAAAUAAAAUCUAAAUGAAAUUUAUAUGAAAGUAUUUUAUGGUGAUAUGCACAGUCAGCGACAUGGCAGGCUUUGUGACUGAAGGCGAUCCAAAAUUAGAGGGGCUGAUAAGUUAUCUUGACGAUAUGCUAGGCUCUACUGGUGGGUCAGAUUUAGCAGUGACCACGAGAUUCAGGUGUGGUUGGUGAAAAUUUAGAGGAGUACAGUACUACCAUUAUGGA